AUAUAUAUAUAUAUAUAUAUAUAUAUAUGAGAGAUGUGCUUCAGCAUGGCCGUGGUCAAAUGACAGGAACAAGUAAAAGAAUGCGUGUAUAAAUUUAUAUAUACAAAUUAAAAGGAAAUUUAUAGAUAUUCUAGAAAUAUAACAAAAAUGAGUUCUCGCAAUUACCAUCACCAGCGCAGAACGAAAAUAUGUUUUCAUGACGUCACGAAAUCAAGCAUCAGACAAUGAACACCGGUCCUGUUAAUUAACAUAGUCCGUCGUAUUUUCUCCUUUAACUGUGGUACUUGCAGGAAGGUUGCGAGUUCUACAUACAUCUGUACCGUUUCUGUCAACGAAAUUCUACUGAUAAGAAUAUCAGAUGAAAUUGGCUGUAAGGAAUAUUUUAUCCCAGAUCAUCAAUAUUUACUAUCUUUAAAAGAUCAGAGGAAGAAUUUCUAUGACAUAUUUCUUCUGAGUCAGGUUAUCAGCAAUGUUUGUCUACAUAGCUGUCUUGAAUGAUGAAUAUGUAUUUUAAUUAAACUUGGACAUAUUUACAAAGGAUUUUUCAACUGUCAACAGUUAUCAACAACGAUCACAUGUUGAUAGAAAUAUAGCAGCUGAUAUAUUUGACAGGAAUAAACUAUAAAAACAAAAUCAAGAAAUAUAUCCAUAUAUUCAGGUCUAUAAAGAAAGAACAUACAAUGAAAUAUGUGUAAACCUUAAAGAUUUGAUUUGAUUUUUGCUUGAAGAAAUGCCAAAAGAGUUAAAAGAAUCAUUAUACCCCUGUGAUAUUUGUGGUAAAUUUUUCUCUCAUAAAGGUAAUCUCAGUAAACACAAACGUAUUCAUACAGGGGAGAAGCCAUAUCAAUGUGACGUCUGUGGUAAAUCAUUCCCUCAAAAUGAUCACUUAACUACUCACAGACGUAUUCAUACAGGAGAAAAACCAUAUCAUUGUGAUAUCUGUGGUAAAGCAUUCUCUGCAAGAAGUAGUUUAAUUAGUCACAAACACAUUCAUACAGGAGAGCACCCAUAUCACUGUGAUAUCUGUGGUAAAACAUUUUCUUCAAGUAGUAACUCAACUAUACACAAGCGCAUUCAUACAGGAGAGAAGCCAUACCACUGUGAUAUCUGUGAUAAAUCAUUCACUCGAAAUGAUCACCUAAUUAAGCACAAACGUGUUCAUACAGGAGAGAAACCUUAUCAAUGUGAUAUUUGUGGUAAAUCAUUUUCUCAUAGAAAUUCCUUAGCUACUCACAAACACGUUCAUACAGGUGAGAAGCCAUAUCACUGUGAUAUGUGCGGUAAAUCAUUCUCUCAUAUAAAUACCUUAACUCUCCACAAGCGUACUCAUACAGGAGAGAAACCAUAUCACUGUGAUAUCUGCGGUAAAUUAUUCUCUGGUAGAAGUCAAUUAACUACUCACAAACGUACGCAUACAGGAGAUAAGCCAUAUCACUGUGAUAUUUGUGGUAAAUUAUUCUCUAGAAGUGGUGACUUAACUAAACACAAACGUAUUCACACAGGAGAAAAGCCAUAUCAUUGUGAUAUUUGUGGUAAAUCAUUCUCUGAAAGUAGUUAUUCAACUACACACAAGCGUAUUCAUACAGGAGAAAAACCAUACCACUGUGAUAUUUGUGGUAAAUCAUUCUCAGUAAAUGGUGACUUAAUUAGACACAAGCGCACUCACACUGGAGAGAAACCAUAUCCCUGUGAUAUUUGUGGUAAAUCAUUCUCUGUAAAUGGUGACUUAACCAGACACAAACGAAUUCAUACAGGAGAGAAACCAUAUAGCUGUGAUAUCUGUGGUAAAUCAUUCUCUUUAAAUGGUGGUUUAACUAAACACAAACGCAUUCAUACAGGAGAGAAACCAUAUCACUGUGAUAUUUGUGGCAAAUCUUUUGCUGAACGCAAUAAUGACCAUUUAACUAAUCACAAACGUUUACACACUGGAGAGAAACCAUAUCACUGUGAUAUUUGUGGUAAAUCAUUCUCUGCAAGAAGUAGUUUAACAAAUCACAGACAUAUUCAUACGGGAGAGAACCCAUACCACUGUGAUAUCUGUGGUAAAUCAUUCUCUGCAAGUAGUAACUCAACAAAACACAAACGUAUUCAUACAGGAGAGAAGCCUUAUCCUUGUGAUAUCUGUGGUAAAUCAUUCACUCGAAAUGAUCAUUUAACUAAGCACAAACGCAUUCAUACAGGAGAGAAACCAUAUCAUUGUGAUAUCUGUGGCAAAUCAUUCUCUCAAGGAAAUUCCUUAAUUCAUCACAAGCGCAUUCAUACAGGAGAGAAACCAUAUCAUUGUGAAUUGUGUGGUAAAUCAUUCUCUCAUAUAAAUACCUUAACUUUCCACAAACGUACUCAUACAGGAGAGAAACCAUAUGACUGUGAUAUCUGUGGUAAAUCAUUCUCACAAACAAGUAACUUGACUACGCAUAAGCGUAUUCAUACAGGAGAAAGCCCAUAUCAUUGUGAUAACUGUGGUAAAUCAUUCUCUAGAAAUGGUGACUUAACUAAACACAAACGCAUUCAUACAGGAGUGAAGUCAUAUCAGUGUGAUAUUUGUGGCAAAGCAUUCUCUCAAGGAAGUACCUUGAUAACUCACAAGCGUAUUCAUACAGGAGAGAAGCCAUAUCAUUGUAAUAUAUGUGGUAAGUUAUGCUCUGCAAGUAGUGAUUUAACUACUCACAAGCGGAUUCAUACAGGAGAGAGACCGUAUCAUUGUAACAUAUGUGGUAAAUCAUUCUCUAGAAGUAGUGAUUUGAUUAGACAUAAGCGCAUUCAUACUGGAGACAAACCAUAUCACUGUGAUAUAUGUGGAAAAUCAUUCUCACUGAAUGGGGGCUUAACUAGACAUAAAUUUAUUCAUACAGGAGAAAAACCAUAUCACUGUGAUAUCUGUGGUACAUCAUUCCUUAAAAAAGGUCAUUUAAAUACUCAUAUACUUAUUCAUACAGAAAGCUAAUUUACUAAAGUCAAACUUUAACUACCUUUAUGUAGCUGUCAUUCAUUCAUAUGCAAUUUUAUUAAUAAUAAAAGCCUACAUUUAUGACAUUUUGUUAUAAUUACUGUAGGGGUACUAUUUCAUUAUGCAACCAAAAAAGACAUUCGAGCGAGAUUAUUGCCAGUGCCGCUGGACUGGCUCUUCUGCAGGUGGCACGUAAAAUACACCAUUUUGAGCGUGGCUGUUGCCAGUACCGCCUGACUGGCCUUCAUGCCGGUGGCACGUAAAAGCACCCACUACACUCAAAGUGGUUGGCUUUAGGAAGGGCAUCCAGCUGUAGAAACUCUGCCAAAUCAGAUUGGAGCCUGGUGUAGCCAUCUGGUUCACCAGUCCUCAAUCAAAUCGUCCAACCCAUGCUAGCAUGGAAAGCAGACGUUAAACGAUGAUGAUGAUGAGAGUAUGUGUUCUACUGUAUUAGCAGUGCUAUUAAACCACUUGUUAAGUUUAUCUUUACAGAUUUUCUAUAAUCAGUUGUGGAGGUGCAAUGGCCCAGUGGUAGGGCAGCAAACUUGAGGUUUCAAUUCCCAGGCCGUGUAUGUGGGUGUUUAUUGAGUGAAAACACCUAAAGCUCCACGAGGCUCCGGCAGUGGGUGAUUGCGAACCCUGCUGUACUCUCUCUCUACAACUUUGUCUCACGCUUUCUUCUUGUUUCUGUUGUACCUGUAUUUCGAAGAGCCAGCCUUGUUACACUGAGUCUCCUUGAGAACUACGUUAAGAGUACACAUUUUCUGUGGAGUGCUCAGCCACUUGCACGUUAAUUUCGUGAGCAGGCUGUUCCGUUGAUUGGAUCAACUGGAACCCUCGUCAUUGUAACCGACGGAGUGCCACACCUCUAUAAUCAGUGCUGGCUACAAUUUCUAUAGAAAAUCAAUAGAGAUAACUUUAACAUGUGAUUUUGUUAUUUAUGAUAUCUAUAAUAAAUAAUACGGCUUCAAGUAAGCUGUAAAUAAAGCAUAUUUUAGGUGAGGGGCUAGUCAAUUACAUUAACCCUAGUAUUCAACUGGUACUUAUUUAAUCAAUUCUGAAAAGAUGAAAGGCAGUUGACCUUGACAGAACAGCUGAGGUUAAAUAAUACAACAUAUUGAAGUUAAUCAAAUAGUGAAUGUGGAAUUUAGGUAUAUUCUGAUUUCAAAUCUCAUUUACAUUUCACUUUUCUGGGGUCAGUGAAAUAAGAAAAAAUCAAGUACUUGUGUUGAUUUAAUAUUAAACUAAUUAUUACAAAAUGAUAAAAUAAACACAGAGGGAAGCUCUACUAGAUUCCUCAUGGGCAAAGAACAUAGAUUCAAAUUCUUUUAGGUAGGCAGCAGUGACACAGUGGGUGGUAUAGGCAUACUUUUGCAGAAAAAUGGGUUGAUAAAAUAAUUGAGGUUGAGUGUGUGAUUAGGUAGUUAAACUGAAGUUAGUCCUAAGUAAAUCAACAAUUAAAAGUUAUCUCUGCCUAUGCUUCACACUCUGGGAUGGCUGAUGAUCAGAAGGACCAAUAUAUUAGUGGUUGUUUUGCAGACUUAACCUUGAUAAUGUAUGACUGAUUUAUUGUGGCUAGUGACUCCAAUUUGUUGGGCAGCAAUCCAAUGGAUUUUAUGGUGUGUAUGGAAAUUAUAGCUUUGGCUUCAGAAAUGAUGAGUGGUGGGGGGCAAGGCUAAUUGUGUUCUGUGAUGUAACUGAUUUGAUGCUCUGCAACAGUGACUAGGAAACCAGCUAGUCUCCUGAUCACCUGCAAAUCUGGAAGGCACACUAGCUAGAUUGACUACAUUCUCACCAGAAAACAGAAUAAACAUGCUUGUAAACACAAAGCCUUUCCCAGGCAAAGAAUGUACUACCCAACAUAGGUUAGUGGUUAGUGACUUCAGACUUAGAGUUGGGACUCAGAUAAACAAGUUAAUUCAGGAGAGAAGGAUGUGGAAACUAAAAGCCCCAACAAACUGAUAGAUUUAGAGACAUUCUAAUUGAAGCUUUUGAUAAAAUGGAGGAGUUAAAGACAUUGCGUAGAGGACAACUGGAAGGUCCUAUGGGGCAGGGAUCCGUGAACCAGGGUAAAUUACCCCAAGUGGGAUAAAAAUGAAAUUCUUGGGGGUAAUAUGGACUCAUUAGACAUACGUAAAAUUAUAUAAAAAAACGUGUUUCUUGUUAGGAUAGAAAUUUUUUUCUAGCAACACUCAUUUAUUUUUGGAAGAUUGUGAAAAUAUUACUUUUGACGACAACAAGGAUUUUAAAGAGUGUUUCUCUGAUUACUUUCUAGAUCUUGAUUUAUAUACUGUCAGUUGGGUUCUAGAUCCCUUUAAAUGUGAAAGGCCUCAAGGGUUGGCAGAGACACUUGAAUUUCAAUCCAAUAAUGAAGCAUGUAUUGAAUUUGAAAACAAACUUUUUGGAUGUCAACUGCUACAAAGGCUUUCAAAAUUGCAUGAGGAGGCAAUCAAAAAGUUGUUGCCUUUUGCAACAACCUACCUUUGUAAACAAGGAUUUUCCACUAUAAAAAUGAAGCAGAGAAAUUGGUUGGACCUUGAAGACUGUAUCCAAAUUGCUCUGGCAUCAAAAUGUCCCAAUUUUGAUGUAAUUGUAACAAAAAUGAAACAUCCUCCAAAAUCUGAAAUGAAAAAGUUUCCAGAAAAAUCCUUUUGUUUCAUAAUGUGGAUAUUAAUUUAUUAUUUCACAUUUGUUUUAUACUUUCCAUAUUUAUAAUUGUAUUGUCCAUAUAAAUAGAUUCAAUAAACCUUUUGAAUUCAAAGAAUCUGAUUUUCUUCCUUUCAGAUCAUGGGGGUAACAUCAGGAUAAAUAAAUAUAUUUUGGGAUAGUUGGUUAAAAGUUCCCUGACCCCUGCUACAAAGCAACCUACAGAGAACUACAGACCAAAUGUGUGGCUGGAACAAGAUCUUGGCUAGACCAAAGGUAAUGUGGUGGUGGAAUAGUGAGGUAGACGGAAUUGUAAAAUCAAAAAGAUAAAUCUCGAAGGAUUGGAAAAAAGGGGAUGGAGAAAUAUAUCAGGUAGCAAGAGACAUUAGGAGUUAUGGUUUACAUAGCAAAGAGAGAGGUGGAAAGGAGAUUUGAUAAUGUUUUACAGUGUGAAAUAUUCCAGAUUGCGAGACAGUGUAUCAUAGAAUACUAAGGUGUUGUGAGAAGUGUGUGCCGAUGGACAAUGAUAUGUUUUCACCUGAAAAGAAAGUGGCAUGGAAGUGCUAUUAUGAAAGGCUGUUAAACGUAAAAAAUGCCUGGGAGAAAGAGGGUCUUCCCAACAUGAGCCCAACAGAGAAACCAGCUAUCCUAGUUGACAGUAUGGUAGAUAAGGCAGUUAAGAGUUUGAAGAGUGAGAAAGGCCAUGACAUGGUUAGUCUCAGGGUUCUCAACCAGAAACUGAAAAUGGAGCCUAAAUGUUUAUGCUAGCUUCUUUCCUUUGUUCUGUCAAAAUGCACUUGAAAAUUUAUGAGUCAACUGUCAAAUUUAGUUCAACACGUAAGCUUAUUCAUUUGCUUUAUUCUCCCGAUCUACUUUCAGCUCUCGAACAUGUACAAAUUUGAACCCUCUCUGAGUAUUUUUAGGCUGUUCGUUUUUUAACCUUACAUGUUGCAUGUCUACUUUCUUCUAGUACCUACAUCUGACACAAGCAUUACC